AUGACCACUAAGGAGGAGCAAGUAAUACGUGUGCUGAUCUCCGGUGCAGCCGGUCAAGUUGCAUACUCACUGGCCGGAUUUAUAGCCAGCGGCAUGGCAUUCGGCUUGAAACAGCCCAUGAUUUUGCAUCUAUUCGAUCUGCCGGUGGAGACAGGAAAAAUGGAGGGUCUGCGAAUGGAAUUAAUUGACUCGGCACUGCCGUUGUUGCGAGACGUUAUCGCCACCAGCGAUCCGGUUGUGGCUUUUCAAGAUGUCUCAGCAGCGUUCCUGAUGGGCGGCAAACGACGUCAGCCGGGCAUGAAGCGUUUUGAGCUGAUCUCAAAUAACUCCAGAAUAUUGAAAGAUCAAGGUCUCUGCUUAGAUGCUUUUGCACGCAAAGACUGCAAGGUGGUGGUGCUCGUUGAACCCUGCAAUACCAUGUGCUACAUUUGUGCCGAGCAUGCACCGUCCAUACCACGUGAGAAUUUUACCACAAAUGCGCGUUUGGAUUACAACCGUGCCGUGGGUUAUAUUGGGUAUAAUUUAAAAAUUCCAGCUACCAGCAUAAAGAAUAUGAUUAUCUGGGGCAAUCAUUCGGACUCGAUGCACCCGGAUUGCUCGAUAACCAGUGUGAUCAUCAACAACAAAAGUUACCGCCUCUCCGAAUAUUUGGGAGAUGAAAUGGCUUCUUUUAGAGCUCAACUGUCAGAAGCAGUAAUCAGGCGUGGCGCCGAUAUAAUUGCAGCGCGUGGAGUGUCGUCGGGGUGGUCGGCCGCAAAGGCUUUGUGCGAUCAGAUGAGGGAUUGGUUGACGGGCACACCGCAGGGUGUAAUGGUUCCGAUGACGGUCGCCUCGGAUGGUAGCUACGGCACACCGAAGGAGAUUUUCUUCACCUUCCCCGUGGAAAUACAACGCGGCAAAUGGAAUAUAGUCAAGGGCAUUAAAAUUGAUGAAAUAUCCAGAAGCAAACUUGAUUUCAGCGGCAAGGAGCUAUUGCAAGAAAAAAUGGCAGUCGUCGCGGAGAUUGGCGACGGAUAUCCCUGA